UAUAUUGUUAGAUUCUAUUUCAAAUAUCUAACCUUGGCUCUCCCUAUAACACUGUUUGGUCGCUCACGCAUGUGCGCCCAAGAACGGCGCGGGAGAAGACGUACCUACUGCCGCGCCGGGCACCCGGGCAGACACUGCCUGACAUUGACCGUGAGUGGUCGUAAAUUGUAAAAAUCUAACAUCAGGUGUGGGUUACACGUGUACUUUUCGUAAACGUUUGGUACUCUGUGAAGUUUUGUGGUUGUGAAAGACAUUAUGGCAGAAGAGUUGGCAAAGCCUCUAGGAGCAAUUGCAUCGAUUUUGGAAAAUCUACAGGGGAAGGUGGAUGACAGUGGAACACAAUUUUCUGCACCUGUUAUCCAAAAAACUCCUAUUUCUUUGGCCUUGCUCAGUUUUGAUCCGGACAGCACCGAUAGCCACGUAUGGUUACAAAAAAUAGAGGGAUAUAAAAAUGAAUUUGGUUGGUCUGACCGGGAAACUAGUAGCCUGCAUAACUAAUCUAACCAGGAAUAAUGUUGACUUUGCUUGGACGUCAGAAUGUGAACAGGCAAGGCGAUACAUUAUUGAUGUCCUAACAGAAAAAC